GUGAGUUUGGAGCGGGUUCUGUGAAAUGUGGAGGCAGGAUGGUGGCUGGAUAACCAGCAGCACGGCAGCGCGCACAGCAGAUCUGCAGCUGAAGCCCAGUCAAGCCGGCGGGACAGCCACACCUCAUGCGUGGCCUCGGCGAGGGUCCGAGCCGAUACGGGUCUGACAACCAUGGGUGUGCUCCAGCUCCACAACCCCAGCCACUCCGGCACGCUGCUGCAGCGGGCCAAUCAGAUGCGGCUGAGCGGCACGCUGUGCGACGUCAUCAUCACGGUGGACGGCCAGGAGUUCCCGGCGCACCGCACCGUCCUGGCCUGCACCAGCAAGAUGUUUGAGAUCCUGUUCCACCGCAGCAGCCUGCGCUACGCCCUGGACUUCCUGUCCCCCAAGACCUUCCAGCAGAUCCUGGAGUACGCCUACACGGCGUCGCUGCAGGCCACCGCCGAGGACCUGGACGACCUGCUGUACGCCGCCGAGAUCCUGGAGAUCGAGUACCUGGAGGAGCAGUGCCUGAAGGUGCUGGAGACCAUCCAGGCGGAGGAGAACGAGGACGUGGCGGUGAGGAACCACGGCGCCGGAGACCACAGCGAGCACAGCCGCGCCCGGCACUGGAGGCACAUGCUGAUGUCCAAGAAGCAUUCCAUCCAGGACGGCCCCGCCCGCACCACGCCCAGCGCCCUGCACCACCUGGCGCUCUACCACAUGGCCGACAGGAGCUCCCCCGGCCCGGGGCCCGACGCGGCGCCCGGGUCCAGCCCCCGGCCGGACGGCGAGCUGGACGCCGAGGGCUCCCGGCAGCUGCAGGCCCGGGGCGCGGCGCUGGCCCAGGACUCCGCCCUGGACCCCGCCAGAAACAUCAAAUGCGAGCGCAUGCAGGUGGACGACGCCAACGGGUACGAGGGCAGGGCGUCCAGCGCCGGGGAGGGCAGCUGCGUGUCCGACCAGCCCCGAGACGAGGGUCCGGGGACGCCCCUGAGGGGCAGCGUGAUCACCAGCGCCCGAGAGCUGCAGACCAGCCCCGAGGACGGGGGACACAUGGCGGCCGGCGCCCUGGACUGCUUCCCCGGCAUCGCCGACAAACACCUGGCGUCCAUCUACUCCGUGGCCCCCAGCCACGCGGGGGAGGGCCUGCCCGUGCCCGUGUCCGUGGCGCCGUCGCUGGGCGUGCAGCUGGACCCCCGGGCGUACGGCGGCCUGCUGCACCAGGGCCUGCUGCACCGCGAGCUCCUGAGCCGGCUGGGCCAGUUCGCGGCGGGGAUGCGGCACGAGGGCCAGGCGCCGGGCCAGCAGUGCUGCGGCGAGUGCGGGCUGCAGCUGCACAGCCGGCAGGCCGCCGAGCAGCACAGGAGGCUGCACAACGAGGAGAAGGGCAACGGCUGCGAAUACUGUGGCAAACAUUUCCAGGACAGCAUGCGGCUGAGGAUGCACAUGCUGUCUCACACAGCUCCUGCCGAGGCGCUGGUGUGUGAUCAGUGCGGAGCCACGUUCUCCUCAGAGGACGCUCUGGAAGCCCACCGGCAAACACACACAGGGACCGACAUGGCGGUGUUCUGUCUGCUGUGUGCGAAGCGCUUCCAGACCCAGAAGGCCCUGCAGCAGCACAUGGAGGUCCACGCGGGCAUGCACAGCUACAUCUGCAGCCACUGCGAGCGCCCCUUCCCCAGCCACACCACUCUCAAAAGACACUUGCGCUCGCACACGGGCGAUCACCCGUUCGAGUGCGAGUUCUGCGGGAGCUGCUUCAGAGACGACGGCACGCUGAGGGGGCACAAGCGCAUCCACACGGGGGAGAAGCCUUACGAGUGCAACGGCUGCGGCAAGAGGUUCAGCCUCAAGCACCAGCUGGAGACGCAUUACCGCGUUCACACAGGUGAGAAGCCAUUUGAGUGUAAGCUGUGUCACCAGCGGUCCAGAGACUACUCGGCCAUGAUCAAGCACCUGCGCACUCACAACGGAGCGUCUCCGUACCAGUGCACCAUCUGCCAGGACUUCUGCCCCAGCCUGGCCGCCAUGCAGAAGCACAUGAAGGGCCACAAGCCCGAGGACGUGCCGGCCGACUGGAGGAUAGAAAAGACUUACCUGUACGUCUGCUACGUCUGAGCGGGACUUGGACCGCCGCGCGCCGUCGCCCGACGCAAACACGCACACGCAAACUACUAUCAAACUAGAAGCUGGUAGCUCCCGCGUCGCUGGUUUUUAAUGCUGCUGGGGUUCCAUGAUCCUGUGAAGGUCUGAGGAAAAAAAUAAAAAACUCUUUUAUGAUGAACUGAGGAGUGUAUUGUGGAAAGCUGUUAUUCUGGGAGAAACCAGAGGUUUUUAUGAGACAACCGAGAUGUGCAAGUGUGAAUAUCAAUGUGUGUUCGCAUCUGGGCUGCAACUGAUGAGUAAACUCAUUACUUUUACACUGUAUAAUGUCAGAAGGAGAUAAACGCAGGCCGAUCCAAAGAGAUUCCGUUUGAAAAAGUCUGUUAGAAAACAGCAGAAAUGUAGGAUUUUUUUUUUUUUCCCCCCUGAAAAUAACAAAAAUUAAAAAUUCUGGACGGGUUCCUAAUGACUGUUUAAACCUGGUGCACACAGAGACACACACACACACACACACACACACACUCUUUGCACACAGUUUUGAUAAUAGCGGUAAUUCUAAUGAAUCCACUGUGGCUGGAACGGAUGCCGCCGCUGACCCGUGUGUGUGUCGCGGGAGCGUUCUGACCGAACCACCAGGCUGCCCGAGUCGUCUUCUAUGAUUGUGCGGUAGAUGUCGAAAAUAAUUCCACGAAGGCUCGAUUUGGAUGAACUUUUGCAACGUUUUCUCCUCUAAUUUCCCUCGACUUCUCUGGUUUGUUUUUCCCCUGCCGUUGGAUUUUUGUUUGGGAGUUGUUUAUUUUCUGCAUGUUUUACUUGAACGGCUGCCACGUUUUGACCUCAUGAGCUUGAUCUCUUUAAUUGCCUUGUCUUUCUUGCGGUGGGUGUUAUUUGUUUCCAGGUAGCAGGCUCACAAUUUGAGUUCCUCCUCUAAUGUUUUUUCUUUCUUUUUUUUGCUAUUUAUAUGUUGUUUAUUUGUUACCAAAUAUGUGCUGGUUUUCAUCACGCGUCCCGUCCGCGUCUCUUGGGAUGAUUUCUAGUAGAGCGAGCUCUACCUCUCCUCACUUCUCACCGUUUGUUUUCGAUCCGCUGCAGCAGUUAUUCAUCCAUCAAUAGUUUUAAUUUUCUAACCAAACAGCAGAUCAUUUCUGUGGUCGAACAGUGUGUAAAAAAAAAUAAUAAAAAAAAAGCGCCGAGCCUCCACGCGGCUUUUAUGUGUAGUUUUCUAUCAUCAGCUAUAUAUAGAUGUCUUCUAAAAAUCACAGAAUCUGAAUUUUCUAGGAGAAAAUUAAAGAAAACGUGGAAAAAGUUGUUGUUUUUUUUAAUAAAACAUGAAAAGAAAAUAGUGACAUUGAAUUACUAUGAGCAGGUUAUUGUCCGUCGUAGUGUAGCUGUAACGUACAAACUGUCCUGGUCUGUUAUUCCCUUAUGUGAGCCUAACACGGGCCUUAUAGAUUUAAACAUGUUGUAUUUUUGUAUUACGGUAAUUUGCUAUCUGUUUACAUUUGGUAUGAUUUGAGAAACAUCUUAAUGUGUGUGUUUUAUAAGUCUCCGAAUUGAUUAAAAUCCCUCCCUUGUGCCUCUUUUAUAAGUAGAGCAUCGAUGUGCUUGAGUACAUGGGUCUGUGCUAUUGGUAGUUGUUUCUGGGUGUUUGUUUCUUGUUACUUAAUUAAAGAUAGACUGCCAUGUAGAUCCACUUUGUCUGAACAUUGCAACUGGAAGCAACAUACUGUGAUAGUGGCUGAUACUCUGAUGCAAGUUCCAAGCAAUUUUUGAUGUAAAAAGUACACGCUUGUCUCAAAUUGUUCCCUUCAAAGUGACAAUGGACUGAGAUCUCUGGAUGAAAAAAAAAAAAAUCAUGUGUAAAGCAAAUCUUGGCGUCUGCGGGCAUUACCGAUGCCUUCUUAAGUAGCCAACAACACUCAGUGCCAUGAAAACACACAUUCACUGUAUCUAUUCUACAUGAACAUGCACUAUAAAUGGAUUUUCCUCGGUGGACCAAAAGAAAUAGAGCACUUUUGUUUGAAAAGGGGUUUUUUUCUUUGAUCUUUCUAUGUUGUGAUAAUGCAGCUGUCUUUUAUUUGAUGUGUCCUAGAAGGAUGUGAUUAGCAUUGUUUAGAAUAUGUCAAUGUCUGUCUACCUCAGGGCCAGAUCAAAGCUCGACCUGGUAUCCAAUCAGGGUUGUUCUUCUUGCCAUGUGUGCAGUAAAAUCCCUCUUCAUUACAGCUUUGUAACACAGUGUGUGAAAGUGUUUUCUCAGUGUGGAUUCAGGCACAACUCUGUAUGCGUCAGUGUUCAGUGGCAUGGUU